AUGAGUUCUCCGGCGAAAAAGGCUCAGUCGCCGGCAUCCGAGUCAGCUUCGCCAAAGGGAAAGGCGAAGUCUCCCACGCCUGGUCCUGCGUCCCCAGCUACUGCGAGAGCAUCAUCGGCGGCACCCAAAUCCCCCACACCUGCUCCCGUAACUCCAGCGGCUGCGAGGGAGUCCACGCCGGCACCAGAAAUCCCUGGGCUUCUAUCUGGCGCUCAUUGGCUGGAGCAGGUCUCCCGACAGCGGACCCAGAGUGACUGGGACUCAACCCUAGGAAGCGAUACUGAGAGCUCGACUGCCUCGAUUACUUCGAGUAUCCUCCACUAUCGUACUCUUAACGGCCGCACUUAUCACAGCGAUACUGUUACGAACAGAGAGUAUUGGGGUCCCAAUGAUGAGAAGCAGAAUGAGAUGCUGGACAUCUACCAUCAUACGAUGACUCUUGUCUUUGAUGGUCAGCUGUAUACGGCUCCAAUCUCAGAUGACCCUAAGCAUGUUGUUGAUAUUGGCACUGGAACGGGAUUGUGGGCUAUUGACUUUGCCGACAAGUUCCCCGACUGCACCGUGAUCGGUACCGAUAUUUCACCGAUUCAGCCUACCUGGGUACCCCCUAAUCUACGCUUCGACAUCGACGAUUAUACUAAAGAGUGGACCUAUAAAUCUAGCCAUUUCGAUUAUAUCCAUAUGCGCUGGCUCACUGGCACUACUAAGGAUUGGACUGCUGCAUAUAAAGAGGCUUACCGCUGCCUGAAGCCUGGUGGUUGGAUUGAACACAUCGAUGCGUCGGGAACGGGCCAUAAAGAGGCCGGUUUCGUAAAUGUUACGACGAAGGAUUACCCGAUCCCGGUUUCGCAAUGGCCGAAGGAUGAGAAGAGGAAGGAGCUCGGCCAAUUCUUUUACCUCGUCUACACCCAAGAUCUUGAGGGGCUCUGCCAAUAUAUGUUUGGCAACGUCAUGGGCUGGCCGCAAGAGCAGACUGCCGUUUACUUGGCCCACUUAAGAGCCGAGUUGAAGAACAUGAGCCUUCACGGGCUCAUCGACUUCCGCGUGGUUUACGCGGAAAAGCCGUUGGAUGCUGAGGAUUGA